GUCGAAUUCUGUAAUAUCGCAGCAGCAGCGCUACUCGGGAAACCCUCAUCACACGGACGACGGCUGGACUCUCUGCAGCCAGCAUUGAGAAUCAUAACGAACAGUGUUGAAUACAGCACUGCGCUGCUCGAGCAUUUGGCCAGCGAUUUAAGCGCCACCUUCAUCACACUUGAUAUUGAGGAUCUCUAUGACCUUGCAUACGAUUUUUAUGAACAGGAAAUGAAGUAUCCCGAUGGCCACGAAGAGGAUGAUGCGACAUCCGACAAUAAGCCCGAGAUAAGUCGACCAGAGCAAGGAGACCGUGAUAGCAUGGUUGGAUACUACUUUGCUGCUCGUUGUAAAAGGCACAGUCCCCCGAAUUCGUUUAGACGGGGUCGAAAUGCGAUUGAGGCUAUUCUGGAUGUCCCCAGAGGAAAGAAUGACAAAGACAAAUCUACCCAGGCUGGUCAACCGGCGAUUAUUCACCUUCGCGACGCUGGACAAGUAUAUAAUACCCCAAGAGGCAAGAAAGUCAUCAAAAACUUGAGGAUGGGUGUCCAGAACGUUCGAAAGAGUAAUAUCCCCGUGCUAAUAAUUGCUAGCUGCUUGCAAAAAAGUGCCGAUGACGAUGAUGACUCUAAUUCCGUGUACUCCUCUGAAUCCGGGUACAUGUGGGAAGACCCAACAUCAGGCUUAGACCGAAAGCUGCUAGUAUCCUCAACAGCACAGUUUGUAUUUAAUUCCCCGCUGUUGCCAAAACAGCAGAUCGCCAUUCAAUCUGAAGCCAACCGCCUUCGUAUCAAACGAGAGACUAGACGAUUGACGGAAGCCUUACGGUGCAGCCUGCCGGAAAGGGUCUUGCCUGACACAAAACCCAUUGAUCUGUCAAAAUAUGCCCGGGAUGGAAAGCUACCGGAAAUAGAUAGGGACAGGGUCGUGAAACAAGCAGUCGGUUUCGUCGCGAGGAAAGGAGCUUUGGACAUGAAUGACCUAAACCAGAUCCUGGAUCGGGCGAUGCGUCUGAAUAGCAAGGAGGAUGGCAGUCUGGCUGAGAGACUCGAAAAGAUCAAAGCGGAUUGCAACUCAUUUGAAGCGAAGCUCCUGCAUUGCAUCGUUGAUACUGACAAGCAGAAGGUCGGUUACGACGAUGUAAUCAUGAACCAGGCCUCGAAAGACAGAGUCAAGACACUGGUUGCAAUGUCCCGGAUCCAAUUCGAAGCAACCUCGCAAGAACUGAUAAACAGCACCAGAAUUAGCGGUGCCUUAUUCCACGGCCCUCCUGGAACGGGCAAAACCCAACUGGCCCGGGCCAUCGCCAGCGACUCGCAUGCUACGAUGCUCAAUGUUAGCCCGGCAGACAUAAAAAGCAGAUGGGCGGGGGAAACCCAAAAGUCAAUUAAAGCUGCUUUCUCACUAGCAAAGAAGCUGUCUCCCUGUAUUAUUUUUAUUGACGAGGUUGAUGCUGUCUUCUAUCGUCGUUCGUCAGAGGAUGAAGCCUGGCAACGUCAGGCUUUGACACAAUUCCUUCAGGAGAUGGAUGGACUGUUGACCGGCAGAGACACCCCCCUGGUUCUCGGUGCGACGAACAGACCUGAUGAUUUGGAUGACGCCUUCUCGCGACGAUUACCCCAUAAGGUGAUGUUCGAACUUCCAGGCGAGGAAGAAAGACGCAAGAUUCUGAAUCUCUUCCUAAAGAAGUCUGACUUGGAUCCUUCUUUCGACAUGGAUAGUCUGGUCCAAUCCACUGAUGGAUACUCUGGCUCUGACCUUCGUUCGCUGUGCGCAGAGGCUGCCUUGAUCUUUGCUACUGAGCACGUCAACAGCCAACAGCCAGGCGAUGACGGAGUCAUAUCCUGCAAGAUAGUGUUGAAAAAUGACCAUUUUACUGAAGCUUUGCGCAAGAACGACAGAAGUUCAUCUGACUGGCCGUAUGAGAGCGAAGAAUCCAGUUACGCUUCCGAACCUGAUACCCCGACUCGGAUUUUCAAAAAGGAUCUUGAAGCGGUGGAUAAUCUUGUCACAUCGCCGGCUCUUCAAGCGCGACUUCAUCAUUUGUCCAAUCUCAUUCUUGCAUGAUUGAAUGCACUGAUAAGUUGCAUAAUCCAUAUCAAAACCAUUCUUCGAUUUAUAAGACAUACCAAUCCAAGGCUAGUAUAGAAAUCUCAAAACCUCAUUGGCGUCAUUUCCAGAGCCUCAUAAAUACGAUCUAUCUCCUUGAUUUCCCUCAUAUUCAGUCUAGCUGGAUAGAAACUAAUCCAUUUCAUUGGU